AUGCUCCCCACCAUUCGGCGUCUCCUACCCCUCGCGCUGGCCGCCCUGUUGUCCCACGCCGGCUUAAGCAACUUUGUCAGCGCAAACUCCGUCUCGGCCAGAAUGGACAGCACCACGGCCGUCGGAACAAACCCCAUCGUUGACCCCAAGGUUGAGUACUUGGGCCUCCAAAAGGCCAACAACAGCUGCUCGCACCGCGACCUGGGCUUCACCGGCGCCAUCGCGGGCAAGUGGUACGCCGUCUGGGGCGACGUGCUCUGGUGCGACGCGGGCGUGACGGACCCCGAGAGGGACACGCCCGGGUUCCACGGCAUGGUCCGCGACGCCGUGUCGGCGACGACGGGCGACCCGCUGCUGGUGCACGACCUGAACCUGGGGGAUAAUCAGCGGCAGCGACAGUUCAUCCCGUUCAACGCCUCUUGGGGCGAGAAGUUCGAUACCGGGUUUGGGGGCACAAGUCUGGUUGAGACCGAUGCUGCUACGGGGACCGGCGCCGUCUUCUACUUGGUUGUAAGUCUUAUCCAUCUGCCGCGUUCAUCAACCGUCCACGUCGUGAGUGGUCUGGCUAAUGGCCCCAAGAACCAAAACGCGGCAGGCCUCGUCGGAGCCGGCAUCGCCAGGGUCGACGUCAUCGACGGCACGCCAACUGUGACCCGUCGGCACGGCGAAAGAGGCUACUGGUGGCCCGCUGACAGCAGUCCGCGGUACGGCGACAUAGCGGCGUUCCGCGACCCACGGUCCGACUAUAUCUACGCCUGGGGCGGCCCGCCGACGACCAUCGCCCGCAGCGACUGGGUGCAGAGCAGCUACGUGUACAUGGUACGCGUCAAGGCGCACGAGGCCUUUGACCUGUCUCGGUACGAGUACUGGUGGGGCCGGCAGCGCGGGUGGAGGACGGAACGGCUGACGGUCUUCACGGCCGAGACGGCCGCCCUGUGGGGCACCGGGCAGGGGCAGGUAGUGUGGAACGAGUUCUACCGCUGCUAUAUCUUUGUCCAUCUGGGUAUCGGCGGCGGUACGGUGUUUCUGCGGACGGCUCCAGCCCCCGAGGGCCCCUGGACGCCGGACGUUAAGAUCUUCGAGGCGGCGCCGAUUAACGGCGGGCUGGUGUACGCCGGAGUCGCUCACCCGUACCUCGACGAGACCGGAAGGACGCUGGUAAUCUCCUUCACCAACAACAACAGGAUCCAGGUGAUCAAGGCGACAUUUUCCCAGUGA